AUACCGCCAGCUGAUCCUUUUGCCACCAAUCCCAACAACACCCCACUUUCUACGAGUUCGGCCCCUUGGCCGGCACCAGUGACAGCUCCAGCUGCAAUUUCAGGUGCAGAGACGAGUGGAACGAGCAGCACCGGUAGUGUCGUAGUGACAGAAAGACAUGAGGUGGUAACCGUACAGGUAUCCCAGAUUCAUGGAGAUGGUCGCUCCUGGGAAGGUUGUUGUGAAUUGGGAGCAGAGGCAGGGGUCGUGAUUUGCUGCUGCCCUUGUUGUUCUGCCAUUGCAGCGGAAGUCUGGUCUUCAAUAGACCCUGCUGCAUCUCCGGGAGCAGCAUGGAGAACGAUAGAGAGCUGGAUCUAUAAGGAGCUUGGUUGGGCCAUACUCACCACCCAUGACGCCUAUGACGAGUCGUAUGAUACCGGCAGAAUCUGCGCGCUUCACUAA